GGCUCCGGAGAGAGGAAGAUUACACAGAUCCAAGGAAGCUGCAGAGCACACCCUCCCUCCCCACCGAGGAUACACAGGACUAUGCCCACUUUCCCCUCCUCCCUCCCUUUCUCUCUUACCCAUUCCCUCACUCUCGUGCUCAACUCUGUGCUGAGCAUCGUCGGAGAGGCUGGGCUGUAGGCGGGCUGACCAUCGCCUCUCAACGAGCCACUGAGGAGAAACUUCAAGAAGCUCAUCCACACGGCUGCCCUCUCCUCCUGCCUGAGGAUGCCGGAGCUCGGACAGAGAUGGACGAGGCUGAUCGGCUUGUCGCUUCUGUGUCUGUGUCUCUGCCUGCCGAGCGAAUCAAACGCCAGGAGACCCCCAAAGAGCCCCAGAUGUCCUGCGACCUGCUCCUGCACCAAAGACAGUGCCUUCUGUGUGGAUACCAGGGCCAUUCCCAAGAGCUUCCCACCUGGAAUCAUCUCUUUGACGAUGGUGAACGCAGCCUUUACUACAAUCCCAGAGGGAGCUUUCUCGCACCUUCAUCUUCUGCAGUUCCUGCUCCUGAACUCCAACACAUUCACCCUGGUUGCUGAUGAUGCCUUCGCUGGCCUGUCUCACCUGCAGUACCUCUUCAUUGAGAACAACGACAUCCAGGCUCUCUCAAAGUACACCCUCAGAGGACUCAAGUCCCUGACUUAUCUAUCUCUCUCAAACAACAACCUGCAGCAGCUGCCAAGACAUCUCUUCAAACAUCAAGACAUCCUCACUGAUUUAGACCUGCGAGGGAACUCUUUCCGCUGCGACUGUAAGAUCAAAUGGCUGGUCGACUGGCUGGAGAAAUCCAACACUUCUGUUCCUGCCAUCUACUGUGCCAGCCCUUUUGAAUUCCAGGGACGGCGAAUUCACGACCUCACACCACGAGACUUCAACUGCAUCAGCGCAGAUUUUGCUGUUUACGAAACCUUCCCUUUCCACUCGGUGUCAGUGGAGUCCUAUCAGUUCAAUGAGGAUCAGUAUGUGGUCUUUGCUCAGCCGGAUUCAGGGUUCUGCACCUUGUUUGUAUGGGAUCACGUGGAGAUGGUCUUCAGGAAGUUUCAUAACAUUACCUCUCGCUCUGCUGUGUACUGCAAACCAGUGGUGAUAAACAACAGUCUCUACAUGGUUGUCGCUCAACUCUUUGGUGGAUCUCAUAUCUACAAGUGGGAGGAGGACCCGCAGCGCUUUGUCAAGAUCCAAGACAUUGACACAACUCGCGUGAGGAAGCCCAACUUUGUGGAGACCUUCCAGCUGGAUGAUGAGUGGUACUUUGUAGUGGCAGACAGCUCCAAGGCAGGCUCCACCAGCAUUUACCGCUGGAACAGCAAUGGCUUCUAUACCCACCAGUCCCUUCACCCCUGGCAUCGGGACACACAUGUGGAGUUCCUUGUUGUUGGAGGGAAGCCUCACCUCAUCCUCUCCAGCGCCUCUCAGACGCCGGUGGUUUACCAGUGGAACCGAAGCCAGAAGCAGUUUAUUUUCUUCUCCCAAAUCACAGAGCUAGCAGAUGUACAGAUGGUGAAGCACUUUUGGGUGAGGAAAGUUCUUUACCUUUGCCUCACACGCUUCAUCGGUGACUCCAAGAUCCUCCGCUGGGAAGGGCAGCGUUUCAUAGAGAUCCAGACUCUUCCCUCUCGAGGCUCGAUGGCAGUGUAUCCUUUCACAGUGGGCCUCCGCCAGUACCUCAUUCUUGGAAGUGAUUUCUCCUUCUCCAUCGUAUAUCUGUGGGAUGACCUCACUCAACGCUUUCAGCCCUUCCAGGAGCUCAACAUGAGAGCGCCGCGAGCGUUCAGCUUAGUAUCUGUCGACAACAAGGACAUAAUGCUGGCCGCUAGCUUUAAAGGCAACACCCUGGCCUAUCAGCACCUGUUGCUGGACCUCAGUGCCAUGUAGACAUCCAGGCGUUUCUAAGCAUUUAUCAACACGUGCCAAAUAAAGGUAAGACUGCAAAGUGUUAAAGCCAUGUAAUUUAAGGUCUGCACUAUCCCUUAACAUCAGAAUGAAAUAAUGUAGUAAUACACAGCAUCAGUAACAUGCCAACCUACGGGUUGUCACUGCUGCAUAUUUGCUUCUGUUCUGCCAAAUAUUAACCGAGGCAAAUUAUUUUUCAGAAAUAUGAUAUUGUAUGCUGCAUUUUACUAAUGUGAAAAGGAUAUGCAUGUGCAUUGACGGAAUUAUUCACUGGAUGAGACUGAAUAUUGUAACUGACUGUAAAACUAUGAAGAUUUUGUAAAUUACACAGUGUAGUUUAUCUGUGUAGCAUUUUGCAUGACACAGUGCAAUAUAUAUGAUAUAACUAUGUAAACAAGCAAUACUUACCAUCACAAUACUUUAAAUUCUUCAUUAUGUCUAUCUUUAUAUAUGAGGUACCAUUGAAUUUUUUAUUUAAUGUUCAUUCUGCAAUAAUAACAUAGGAUCAGAGCCAGUCUGAGGCAUGAGCAAACUAAUCCUGCAUUUAAUUAACUUAAUAUGUGAACCUGAUUUAGCUCUUUAGAAUGUAGUGUUUUUAAAGGUGUUAUCCAAAAUGACUCCCAAGUUCACAACAGUGGUUUGUUUGGGGGGACGUGGGAAAUGAGAGAAUAUUUGUUGGCACUUUUGGAAACUUGUGGAUAUAUGUUAUAACAAAUAAACAAUUUGAGAGACGUUUACGAAAUGUUGGGGAAUGUAUAUUAAAGCGAUCCAAAAAUUA